UUCAAAAUUUCUUCUUAUAUUUCUUCUUAUAUUUCUUCUUUAGACUUGAAACAUUCUAAACAAUCCUAGCUCAUUUUUCUCCUACAAAAAAACUAAAGUUAUGGAAAGAAUUUCAAAGCCGUUUAAUGGGAGAAACUAUUGGAACAAGAAAGGGUACAACCUCUUAGAUGGAGCCAUUGAAACCAAGAGGAACAUACAAGUAGUGAAGUUCAAUGGCGGACCGAAGAACGAAUCCUCGAAAUUUAGGAGGUUUUGGAGGAUUAAAAAGACUCUAAAGUUUAGUUUAAAGAAGGCGAUCAUUUCCUCGCCAAAGAAGCUAUGGAAAAACUUCAAGAAUGGUUAUAUUAACAUGAUGUUGAAAAUGGCCGGCGGAGUAGGGCAAAUUGAUGGUGUUAGUGAGUUUGAGAGGAGGAAGACCUCACAAUCUAGAACUUUUCAAGUUAAGUAUAAAAAUCAAGAUGAGUUUGAAGCAAGACUUGUUCUUGAGAUUUAUAAGGCCUUAAGUACCUCUAAAGGACUCUCUGAGGUUGCUUAGUGACAUAAUUAGUGUCCUAAGACAUCUCUUAAUUAAGAUCAUUUCCUUCACUCAUGUAAUUGCGACCGAGGGUGCAUUUUUGAAAUACUUUUUACGUAGGUAGUAUAAAUUUUAUACAUGGUUAUAAAUCAAAAUCAUGCGAAGAUAUAUAUAAAUUGUAAAUUAAGCUUCUUUUUAAAAUUGCUCAGCUCUACUAUUAGAAUUUUUUUGAAUAAAUUCAUGUUAUACAGGUGGUAGAUGAGCAGAGUUUAUGUUAAUAAAGAAUACAAGAAAGAAUAAUUAAGAACCUAAAUAAAGAACAAAUAAUUUAAUG